UGCCCUAUAAAUGAAGCAAAGCUUCAGGUGCAUCUGAGCAAUUUAUUUACAUCAAUCCCCAGUAUUACAAGAAUGGCUGUCUCAGUCCUUCGGCUGACAUUUUUUCUGGGACUCCUUGUCUUAAUCCUGUCCUGCCACGCUGCAGAUGACAAAGCAGAAGAAAACUCUGAGAGCAAGCCAGAGGAUUCAGGCAAGAAUCCAGAGCCAGAUUUCCCCAAAUUUCUGAACCAACUGGGCACAGAGAUCAUUGAGAAUGCAUUCGAGUUCAUCCUCCGUUCCAUGAUGGCCCGGGGAACUGGAUUCUUUGAACUUGGUGAAAACACAGGAGAACAGCCAUCAAAGUGACUUCUCAGGACACACCUAUCUGGCUCCUGGACAAUCUAAGGGCAGCCAAAUCCUGCUUUUCCAGUUCUGCUUCAUAAGUCCUCCAGGACAGAGACUUCAAGGCAGCUUCCAGCAAGUUCCCAGGAUUCAGGCCCCAGUUUCAACCAAACAUAACACUCUCAACACUUUAAUUUCACAUUUUCACUUCUAGAAAAAUCAGAAUAAGUGUGUCCCCUUUGGAGUCACAUACCUUAGCUCACAGGGAAGAAUUUUAUCUAUUGAAGUAAUAUUUCCUGGACAUGUUUAAAGUUUUUAAUGAUGCAAAAAAUAUGGAAUAUAUGUAUGUACAUAAUAUGGGAAAUAUAUAUUUAUAUUCCAUACUUCAUUAGCCAAUAUAAUCAAAGAAUGGGUUACAGUGAGAAAACUAAAACCCAAAUAAAUUAGCAAGUUCAAGGUCUUAGAGGCAGGAAGUGAUAGAAAGAGGAGUUGAAACUCUCUUCAAAUAAUAAGCUCUUAAAGCCUGAAAAUAUAUGAAGUUUUUUAAGUUUUACACUUCUAAUUUGGAAAGUCUUCCAAAAAUAUUUGAGCCCACUUUCCUGUGCCAGUAAACAAAAAAAUGACCUGUUUGUCAUUUAAUUCUGAAAGCAACUCAACUGUAUUUUCAAUAAAUCUUUAGUUUGCCUUUCUGUUUUCACUUGGCCACAGUAGGUUUGCAUGUAGCACAAUGAAUCUUUAAUAACAAUGAUGGGUAAAACAAGAAUAAUUGCUACUAAAUAUUGAAAAAUGUUUGUUAUAUUUAACAAUAAAUUCAAAUAACCCACACAGUGCAUUUUUUAGGAAUUUCACCAAUUUCAAAUGUCAUAACAAUUAAAUUACCUCAGAUAUCUAUUAUAUUCAGCAUCUGACAUAUGGGCUGCUAUUCCCCCAACAAAUGUGGUUCCAAAAUCUGUUUUAAGAUCUUGAUUUACAAAUGUGUACCUGGAUAAUAAAUUGGACAUGCUACAACUACAUUCAUCAAUGUACAGCUUUGUGUGAGAAACACAAUCUACAAGAAAGUCUCUGCCUUUAUUUCCUGCCAGUUUUGCCUUUUGAAGUCACUCUAUCAGUUUGGUGAGGGAAGCACCAGGUUACAAAUCAGUAACUGGAUUUGGUGUUCUCCUAAGACAUAGCUCUCUGAUACCCAGUGACCUCAGAGAUUUUGAAGGCUUCCCAAUUGCUUUAACAUGUAUGUUUCCUCUUCCUAUCCUCCGUUGCCUUCUUUUCCACCCUCCAAUAAGAUCUAUGUCUGCAGCCAGCAGGUACACCACCUGUUUUAUAGAUCAAGAACCUUCCAUCUGCAUAGUUGUUUUUUUUUUUUUUUUAUGAAAUACCAAUCU